AUCAGUGUACAUUUCUUGAAUCCACAGAGACAGCCAUUCGCCUGGUUGGAGGAGGAGGCCCAUGUCAAGGCAGAGUGGAGGUCCUCUAUUCUGACUCCUGGGGCACGGUCUGUGAUGAUUUCUGGGACAUCAAUGAUGCCCAGGUUGUCUGCCGAAAGGUCGGCUGUGGAGCUGCUCUUUCUGCCCCAUCAAAUGCCUACUUUGGUCAGGGCAUUGGCACCAUCUGGCUGGAUGAUGUCAGAUGCAAUGGUUCUGAAUCCUUUCUGGGGCCAUGUUCUCAUCGCCCAUGGGGCCAGCAUGACUGUAGCCACAGUGAAGAUGCUAGUGUCAUUUGCAGCGCUCAAACAAGUACAUCAACCGCUACGACGCAGCCAACAACUCAAGCCCCUGAGACAGCCAUUCGCCUGGUUGGAGGAGUAGGCCCAUGUCAAGGCAGAGUGGAAGUCCUUUAUUCUGGGUCCUGGGGCACGGUCUGUGAUGAUUACUGGAACAUCAAUGAUGCCCGGGUUGUCUGCCGAAACGUCGGCUGUGGAGCUGCUCUUUCUGCCCAAUCAAAUGCCUACUUUGGUCAGGGCAAUGGCACCAUCUGGCUGGAUGAUGUGACAUGCAAUGGGUCGGAAUCCUCUUUAGGAAAUUGUCCUCACCUGCCAUGGGGGCAACACAACUGCGUUCAUGCUGAAGAUGCUGGUGUCAUUUGCAGUGAUCCAACCAUUCGCCUGGUUGGAGGAGGAGGGCCAUGUCAAGGCAGAGUGGAGGUCCUCUUUGAUGGUUCCUGGGGCACGGUCUGUGAUGAUUCCUGGGAUAUUAACGAUGCCCAGGUCGUCUGUCGCAUGGUCGGCUGUGGGGCUGCUAUUUCUGCCCCACAAGUUGCCUACUUUGGUCAGGGCAAUGGCCCCAUAUGGCUGGAUGAUGUCAGUUGCACUGGUUCUGAAUCCAUCCUGGGAUCAUGUUCUCAUCGCCCAUGGGGGCAGCAUGACUGCAGCCACAUUGAAGAUGCAAGUGUCAUUUGCAGCGCUCAAACAAGUACAUCAACCGCUACGACGCAGCCAACAACUCAACACCCUGAGACAGCCAUUCGCCUGGUUGGAGGAGGAGGCCCAUGUCAAGGCAGAGUGGAGGUCCUCUAUUCUGACUCCUGGGGCACGGUCUGUGAUGAUUUCUGGGACAUCAAUGAUGCCCAGGUUGUCUGCCGAAAGGUCGGCUGUGGAGCUGCUCUUUCUGCCCCAUCAAAUGCCUACUUUGGUCAGGGCAUUGGCACCAUCUGGCUGGAUGAUGUCAGAUGCAAUGGUUCUGAAUCCUUUCUGGGGCCAUGUUCUCAUCGCCCAUGGGGCCAGCAUGACUGUAGCCACAGUGAAGAUGCUAGUGUCAUUUGCAGCGCUCAAACAAGUACAUCAACCGCUACGACGCAGCCAACAACUCAAGCCCCUGAGACAGCCAUUCGCCUGGUUGGAGGAGUAGGCCCAUGUCAAGGCAGAGUGGAAGUCCUUUAUUCUGGGUCCUGGGGCACGGUCUGUGAUGAUUACUGGAACAUCAAUGAUGCCCGGGUUGUCUGCCGAAACGUCGGCUGUGGAGCUGCUCUUUCUGCCCAAUCAAAUGCCUACUUUGGUCAGGGCAAUGGCACCAUCUGGCUGGAUGAUGUGACAUGCAAUGGGUCGGAAUCCUCUUUAGGAAAUUGUCCUCACCUGCCAUGGGGGCAACACAACUGCGUUCAUGCUGAAGAUGCUGGUGUCAUUUGCAGUGAUCCAACCAUUCGCCUGGUUGGAGGAGGAGGGCCAUGUCAAGGCAGAGUGGAGGUCCUCUUUGAUGGUUCCUGGGGCACGGUCUGUGAUGAUUCCUGGGAUAUUAACGAUGCCCAGGUCGUCUGUCGCAUGGUCGGCUGUGGGGCUGCUAUUUCUGCCCCACAAGUUGCCUACUUUGGUCAGGGCAAUGGCCCCAUAUGGCUGGAUGAUGUCAGUUGCACUGGUUCUGAAUCCAUCCUGGGAUCAUGUUCUCAUCGCCCAUGGGGGCAGCAUGACUGCAGCCACAUUGAAGAUGCAAGUGUCAUUUGCAGCGCUCAAACAAGUACAUCAACCGCUACGACGCAGCCAACAACUCAACACCCUGAGACAGCCAUUCGCCUGGUUGGAGGAGGAGGCCCAUGUCAAGGCAGAGUGGAGGUCCUCUAUUCUGACUCCUGGGGCACGGUCUGUGAUGAUUUCUGGGACAUCAAUGAUGCCCAGGUUGUCUGCCGAAAGGUCGGCUGUGGAGCUGCUCUUUCUGCCCCAUCAAAUGCCUACUUUGGUCAGGGCAUUGGCACCAUCUGGCUGGAUGAUGUCAGAUGCAAUGGUUCUGAAUCCUUUCUGGGGCCAUGUUCUCAUCGCCCAUGGGGCCAGCAUGACUGUAGCCACAGUGAAGAUGCUAGUGUCAUUUGCAGCGGUGUGUACAUCUCAAAAUAUGUUUUAAUAAAAGUUCCAAAUGUUCUUUUUCUAAUAUUAGAUGGUAAUACUUUGCUGUAUAUUAUAUGA